AUUUUUGUAAACGGGCAGGAAGAUAGUAGUCUGGAAGCACUUCCUUGAAAGAAAGGUGUUGACGUUUUGAAUUUGACUCAUAAGUUUUCUAUUGAACGGAAGCAAAUUCAAAAUCAUUACGAUUAUCUUAAAGAAAAAUAUAGAGCUUGGUUACUACUCAAAAAUAAAACGGGUAAUGUGUAUGAUCCGUCCACCAACACGGUUAAUCUUAGGCACGAGGAAUGGAAGAUUGAAAUUAAGGUAAUUUUUGCCUAAUGGAAACCUCUGUUUAUUUCGUUGUUUAUUUUGUUCUAUAUUUUACAUUUUUUUAACACAGAAAAUAAGUACAUUGAAACUUUGAGGACUAUAUCCUUCUGAUAAUACUUCAAAUUAUAAUAUUGAAGAUGACAUGGCAAAGAUGUGCAAUUUAACUGAACUUGAUCCACUUGCUCCAGAGUUUAUAUUUGCAAAGAGGACUGUUUUCUUCAAUUUACCACAUGAUCAUAGUAGAGUUGCAUAUAUUAAUUUUAUGUAUGCUGAACAAAAGAGAAGUGCGACUAGUACAUAUUGCAUAGUCGCAGUGAAGUGUAUUUUUACUUUUUCAUUAGAUCGACAUGUUUGUCCAUUCAUGAUUUUUUGUUAUGUGAUAUGGACAAGUUCUUAAGCAUUUAUGUGACUUCAAUGUUAUUAUUAUUAGAUCUAUCUCUAAUUUCAAAUGUUCACAUUUAUGAUCUAAAUACUACGUAUUUGAUUGUAGGUCAUUGUGGAUUAUUAAAUAAGCAAUGUAGAGUGUAGACAAUUUCUUCUCAUGUUUCAGCAACAAUAUCUCUUAUGUCAAGAAUAUUUUGAAAUAGAUAGUGAAAAUAUGGAUAUGAUGGCUUGUAUGAUGGCGUAUAUGUGUGAGUAUUAUUUCAAAAAUAUUUACAAGGAACCAUACAUGCAUGACGUCUUAUUUGAUUGGAGAAAGAUGGAUGAAUGAGUUAUAAAAUGGUCAUGAAAAACGAUUUAUCAAUGCAUUUGGAAUGACACGAAAUACUUUUCAUCAUUUACGUGCGGAUCUAGAGACUGAGUAUGGUUUGAGGACUUCAAGUAGGGUGUCAGUUUGGAGAAUUCUGCACUGGGUGAUGAUGAAAUGAGAAAUCAUCAGAUACGAUUAUAUUGGUGAUAACUUUGCUUCAAGUUUGAUGUCAUGGAUCUUUUUUUUAAACUAUUACGUAGUAUUUCGUUCUUGGUAUUGGUAGAGCUAGUGAACUCAUGAAUUUUAAUUAUCAUGUUUUUAUUUAGUUAAAUUUUAGAUUAUUUAUUAAUUUAUACAUAGGAGUAUAUGGGUAUAGUUAUAACAAAAUGCGUAGUAACAAUAAAAAAUAUAUGCUAAAAUGUACUAAUGUCUAUUUUAUUAUCUUUUUACCUAUUAAUCGUUAUAAACAAACAGCUAAGUUACCAAAUUUCUUUUUGCAACCUGCAAAAUUAAUGCGCAGGUAAAACCCGCUGACUGAAAUAUGCUAUCUUCAACCCGCUAACACUAUCUGUCAACCGCUGAUUGCGAAACAUGGUCUAAAGUAAAUCAUUUUAGACCAUACUAGAUUCAGAAAUUAAAAAUAUGUUAGUUGUAUUUGCAAUUAUUAGAACCUAAACUAUAAGAAAAGUACUAUUUUGUGAUCAUUCUUAUACCCACUAAAUGUGAGAGAAUAUGUGUCAAAACAUGACAUAUUGUGUUUGGCAGGGGAUUCACGCACAAAACAAUUAGAACUAUAAGAGUGGGUAGAAAUAGUAGGGGUGAAACUACAAAUAGGAGUGUCAAGAGACUAAUAUAUUCCAUAAGCUAGCAUCAUACUUAGUACCAGAAAGAAAGAUGGGAAGACUGGAAGGAAGGACUAGAUUACAGUCAGCCGCCCUUUUGUUCAACGCUAUGUUGAUGGGCAUCGGAAGCUGCGGUAGCCCUCUUGUCGCGCGCCUCUACUUCAUCGGCGGCGGCACCCGGAUAUGGUUUUCCACCUGGCAGCAAACCGCCGCUUGGCCAGUCACUCUCAUCCCUCUUUUCGUCUGCUACCUCCAUCAAGUGACUCCGGUGAGUUCCACCACAUCACGCCGUUUCUUUUCAUCUCCGCCUCCCUCAUCGGCCUUCUGAUGGGCCUAGGCAACUACCUCUUCAUGUGCGGUGUCUCCAAGCUUCCGGUCUCGACGGUGCUUCUGAUCGGGAGCUCUCAGCUCGCGUUCACGUCGCUAUUCGCUUUCAUCCUCGUGAAGCAGAAGUUUACGGCGUUCAUGAUAAACGCUGUCGUUUUGCUGACCUUAUCGGCGGGGAACGACCGCCCGGCCGGAGAGUCUAAGAAGGAGUACAUUUUGGGGUUUGCCUUCACAAUUGGGUGUGUGGCUUUGAUAGGGUUGCUUUUGCCGUUGGUGGAGUUGAGUUAUAGUAAGGUGAAGAUGGCCAGAAUUGAGUACAGUAUGGUUCUGGAAUUUCAGAUGGUUCUGUGUUUUGCUGCCACUGUUUUCUGCACAGUUGGAAUGCUCAUAAACCAUGACUUCCAGGCAAUAUCAAGGGAAGCAAGAGAGUUUGGAUUAGGAAAAACGAAGUACAACUUGGUAAUAGUGGGGAAUGCAAUAUUUUCACAGUUGUAUUACGUGGGAGCCCUCGGAGUGACGUCGUACGGCUCAUCUCUGCUGUCUAUGGUCAUCAUCACCGUCCUCCUCCCCAUCACGGAGCUCAUGGCCGUCGUCUUCUUCCACGAGAAGUUCCAGGCCGAAAAGGGCAUCUCUCUUUUCCUCUCCUUCUGGGGAUUCGUUUCUUACUUCUACGGCGAUAUAAAAAACAAUAUUAAGAAAAAGAACCAGCAACCGGCGGCCCUGCAAAUUACCGAGUUGCCCUCUUCCGUCAUUUCACCGUCAAAAAGUGUGACCGGUCCUUGAAGUCGUAGCUCAACACAAAUCUGCUCUAUAACUCUGUCUAAUACUUUAGUGGCAUGAUAAGGGCCCUUUCCAAAUGCAUUAUGUAGUAUCUUAGCUUGAUAGUGAGUGACAUUUUAACUUUAGAACAUCUCUAAUGCUAAAAUGUUAACGGUGCAUACGUCACAUGAAGGAUAGACAAUCAAAAAUGAUAAAUAAAAUAUAUCUC